AUGAAUGAUCUGCCCGGGACGCUUCAUUCAUCUGAGAGUAAGGAUCAGCUCCGUCCCUUAGAGUCAACAAUUGUCGUGCGUACCGAUGUCGACCAAAAGAGAGGCCGACCACAGCCAGGACAUGGUCCGGUGACGCACCGUACGGUAAUACAAGGAAAAGAUGAACAUAGACAUAUGGAAGCGGAGACGGGGUCUGCGAAUCAGCUUGUCAGGACGAGGCACCUACCAGACCUCGAAACCGAUCCUCUCAGUUUGUUUGGGACUACCGACCCUGCAACUUCACUCUACUGCGGCCAGUCUCCGAUGCCGUGGCACCAGGCAGGAGUCUUAGAGAUGGACAAUGAAGGCCUAGGGAUCAUAGGCAUGUCGCCAGCGUGGCCCGCUGUUGAAGACUUUGUUCUGAAUCUCGACGCCCGACUCUCCGUUGCCGUAGGAGCGCGUUCUGAUAGCAGUUCAGGACCACCCAUGCAACAGGCGCCAUCUUCCGUCACUUCUUCGGGCUGUGGAGAUGAUGCGAUGCCAAAUUACUUCUACGGACUGCACUUCGACGUGACUUUCGGCGGUCAUUUUCCCUUUCUUAACAACCAGAUCCUUGCCGGCCACGUCCGCUCGAGGCAGGCAUCCAAGUUCCUCAUUAGCUCCAUCUUGGCUCUGACGGCUCGCUUUUGCCCGGCCGACAUGUUCCAGUCGACCACAGACAGCGAUUCGGAGCCAGGUUACGAGCGGCGGGCAGCGGCACGCUUCCUCAAAGCCGCUAAGGAACAACUCAUGUGCCUCUUGGCUGUCCCUGCGCCCGACGUGGUUGCUGGGCUCAUCGUCCUUUCGUGGGCAGAAUUCGGAAGCAACAGUGGCGAAGGAGGGUUGUGGAUGUUCUCAGGCAUGGCGAUCCGCAUGGCGCAGGACCUCGGCCUUCAUCGCUCCGACGCGACCGAUCUUGAUCCACAAGCGGCUUUCUAUGAUCACGCCCCGCUUAGUUUGCAGGGCAUUAGGGUCCCUACUGACGAACAGUCUGCUCUUCAUCAACAAAAGUCGAGACUCGUCAUGUUUUGGUCUGCCUUCACUUUAGACGUCUACGUUUCCUUGCUAAUGGGGCGCCCACCCACGAUCCGACGUGCCGAGAUCGAGGUGCCGCUGCCGACCGCGGACGACAUGAAGCCGAUGUGCCACAUCAUCUUUCCUGCAAUGGCACGUUCCAUGUACAUAUUUUCUGAAGCUGUUGAGCUCUUUAAUCUGAACAAGGGCGCCGAAUACAUCUGCUCUCUCGAAGAAAUCGAAAACCUUGAAAAGAAGGUGGCACAAUGCUACCAUGGCCUCGACGCUAGUCUUAUCUUUAGCACGGAUACCUACAAGAAGUCUUCGAGUGAUGGGCAUGCCGGCCUCUUUUUGAUGCUUCACCUCUACUUUUAUACCUUCGUCGCGCUCUUGUCAACCAGAAGGUAUCGAUCUCUUAUUGUACACGAGAGGAGUAAGAGAUCCGCCCAGGUUGCUUGCCAAAAGAUCUUGCAGACUCUGGCGAUUGCUGGAGCCGUCGACGAUAAGGGAUACACGGCGACUCCCUUCCUGGCAUAUAGCAUCUUUGUGGCAGCGUCCACCUUGCUAGAAGGCAUGGCGCUCGACACCGAAGGAGCUGGCGAUUUCAUCACUACAGUGGAUUUUGCCGAUAUCGACUUUCUCAGCCAGAAACUCCGCGAGAUAUCCCGCUUCUUUCACGGCGUCAAUGCAACCAGCGACGCUAUCCGCGUGAAGAGACGGGGUCGUGGACCCGACAGCGGUAACGGCAGGGAGGACAAGGAAGACGCGGAAAGUCACUGCGUUCUCGAGCUUCAAGACAAGGGCAUGAUCAACAGGUACACGAUUCCCUCAACUACUGCUUGA